GACAGAGAGAGACAGUGAGAGUUGUCUGAGGUACCGUCUGAAAAUGGUGGUUGGAAAGAAAAGGUUUGAGGCAAAGGCCACAAAUUCCCCUGGAAAAAACAAAUUUAAAGGAUCUGUGCACACCACGUCUGAUUUUGAUGCUCCCAGAAAAUUCAGAGGUGAAGCUGGGAAAGGGAAGCCAAAGUUCAGAUCUCAAAAGUAUGAAAAGGGGCCAAAAAAGUUUGUCUCAAAACGGAAUGAAAAUCCUGAUGGAAAAGCAUAUGUAGCAGGGAUGAAAAGAAAGCAACAGACUGUGGGUGCGUUUGGGAAGAAGAGAAAGCAAUCUGAAGGGAAUGAAGAGAAGGGGGAGAAACCCAAAUGGAGCGAAUUUAAAAAGCAAAAGAAGGAACUAAAGCAGAAUAGGCAGCAACAGGAUCGGAAAACCCACUUUGAUUUAGUCAUCCGAUCAAAGCAGAUCUGGGAAAGUGUAAGAAGGAAAGACUGUACUAAAGAAAAGCGAGCAGAACUGAUGAAAGAAUUGCAGAAGCUCCUCCAUGGGAAAAUUAAAGAUGUUGCCUUUGCGCACGAUUCUACCCGAGUCAUUCAGUGUUACAUCCAAUUUGGAGAAGAAGAGCAAAGGAAAGAAGUGUUUGAGGAACUGAAAGAACACUUGAUUGAGCUGAGUAAGUCCAAAUACGGCAGGCAUAUCGUGAAAAAAUUCCUCAUGUAUGGAAAUAAGCAGCAAGUGGCAGAAAUAAUUAAAAGUUUUAAAGGUGAAGUAAAAAAGAUGUUGCGCCAUUCGGAAGCCUCGUCGAUCGUUGAGUUUGCAUACAACGACAAAGCAGUGUUAGAGCAGAGGAACCUGUUAACAGAAGAGCUAUACGGCACCAAGUUUAUGAUUUGCAAGUCUGCAGCUUGUCCAACAUUAGACCAGGUUCUCGAGUCUAAUCCUGAUUGGCGAGAAGGCAUACUGGAGGAAAUGAAACAGAUUCUCGCUCCCAUGGCGCAGAAAGAAGCUGUGAUAAAACACUCAUUGGUUCACAAAGUAUUUCUGGACUUCUUCAGGCACUGUCCUGCAAAGCUGAGAUCGGAAAUGAUUGAAGCAGUGAGGGAAGCAGUCAUCUACCUGGCACACACACACGAUGGAGCCAGAGUUGCCAUGCAUUGCUUAUGGCACGGCACCACUAAAGACAGAAAAGUGAUUGUGAAAACGAUGAAGACUUUUGUAGAGAAAUCAGCCAGUGGUGAAUUCUCCCACUUGGUUCUUCUUGCUGCCUUUGACUGUAUAGAUGACACAAAGCUUGUAAAACAGAUCAUAAUCUCGGAGAUCAUCAGUUCUUUGCCUUCCCUGAUCAACAAUAAAUAUGGGAAGAAGGUACUGCUGUAUCUACUAAGCCCCAGGGAUCCUGGGCAUAUUGUGCCUGAGAUUAUUAAACUUCUACAAGAGGGUGAUGGCAAUGCUUACAGUAAGAAGGAUGCAGAAGUCCGCCGGCAUGAGCUGCUGGAGGCCAUUUCACCAGCUUUACUGGAAUACCUGCAGGAGAAUGCUCGUGAAGUGGUGAUGAACAAUGCAACCAGUGUCAUCGUAGCAGAUAUUCUGGGCUGUGCUCUUGGUGAUGUGCAACCUGUGAUCAAGGCUAUAGCUAACGUUGCUGCAGAAACAUUUGUUCCUGGAGGUCAGGAAGGCAAGCUUCACAUGGCAGAGCACCCUGCAGGCCACCUGGUUCUUAAAUGGUUAAUAGAACAGGAUGGGAAGUUGAAGGAACUUGGAAAACCAGAAUGCUUUGCGAGGACCUUGGUAGAGUGUGUCGGGAUUGAGAAUCUAAAGACCUGGGCACAAGUAAACCGUGGAGCCAUUGUCCUUUGCUGCCUCCUUCAGAGUAAAGACGAGGAUGUCGCCAACACAAUGAAAAAAGGUCUCAAGAGUCUUGUUCCAAAGCUCCAGAAGACAAAGAGUUUGAAGGGCGUGGAAAUGUUGUUAGAAAAGUUGACUGCUUAAGUGAAUCAAAGGAGUGUGACCCUGCUGCACCUGAGGAAACUACAGGCACAGGGCUUCAGUCAGCUGUCCAAAUAAUUAAUUGAUGUUUUAUUACUAACCAACUGUCCUAUACGUUCAGAUGCUUCAAGCACCAGCUCCCAAAUACAUUUAAUUGAGGAAUCUGCCAUCGCAGCAGGCGAUUAUUAAGGGGAAGGGGGUGUGAAGGCUGAAACUGGCGUUAAUGUUAGUAAGUAAACCUGGAGGAAGUUUUUGUUUUUAUGCAAUAAAUUAUGUAUUUCUCACUUGA